CAGGCAUACGAAAUCUUGUUCGUUUUCUAUUUAAAAUUGAGGGUCCUUAUCGUGGAUUGGGAUGUUCACCACGGCCAAGCAACCCAGUAUGCUUUCUACAACGAUAACAAGGUUUUAUACUUCUCCAUCCAUCGUUAUGACGACGGGGAGUUUUGGCCCAAGCUACGAGAGUCAAACUAUGACUUUGUCGGCGAGGGUCGCGGAUACGGCUACAAUAUUAACGUCCCCCUAAACGGGCCGGGCUACACCGAUAAUGACUACCUCACAAUUUUCAAUUGCUUGCUCAUGCCGAUAGCUUAUGAGGUGGGUAAGCCCCUUCGUUUUUGUGACCCAAAUGUAUGCGAGUUUUUAUUUCCUUGCUAA